AAUCAUGUUUGUGUAGGUUUCCCCCACAGUUCAAAGACGUGGUAUAGGUGAACUAGAAAACAUAUUCCAGAGUAAUUGCCGGUUCAUUCCGCUGUGGCAACCCCUGAUAAAUCAGGGACUAAGCUGAAUGAUAGUGAGUGAGAAGAGUUUCCCAGUUUUUUCUAAGCAUAAAUGUCACAAAUCAUUACUGUUAAAAAGUGAAAAAAAACAGUCUAAUAAUCAUUUUGUGUGGAGUUUCUCAGUCUUCACGUAUAACUUCACUGAAGAUGAAAAAAGACAUCCAUUACAAACUUUUUUGUGAAUUUCCCAGAGUCUGCUGUUCAUGUCUUUUAUUAUAAAGAAAAACUUUCUUGUGUGUGUGUGUGUGUGUGUGUGUGUGUGUGUGUGUGUGUGUGUGUGUGUGUGUGUGUAAAGGAGGAAGUUGUUGAUUCAGUUUGUUCCCGGUUCCUCUUGAGCACGUGACAAACAGCCUUUGAAGUUUAAAAGCCUGUGACUUGACUUACCCCAACAGUGAUGCUGUCAGUCAUGAUCGCGAAGCUCCUGAUUCUCACACUCUUUGCGACAAAGGAUGGACACCACAUCUAUGCUGAAACGAAGCUGGCUGCACCUCAGAACGUGAAGGUGGUCUCCAUCAACAUGGGUGCAGUUGUCGAGUGGACGUCUCCACACAAUUCCAUCAGGAACAUGACGUACACUGUAAGAUAUGUUCCUUGCGAUUGGGGAAAUGUCUCUUCCAUCUGUGUGAAAACCACAGAGCUGAAAUGUGAUGCGGGAGUUUUGCCGUAUGCAUUUGGGUGCUACAUUUUUCAAGUGCGGGCAGAGAAAAAUGGGAUGUUCUCUGAAUGGGCUAAAGCACCCAAAUUUAUACCUCAUCAGCACACUAUCAUAGGACCUCCUGCUGUGCAUCUCGUCAUCCAGAAUAACAGUCUGGAAGUGACUGUUCGAGCACCCAUUCUGAAAAUCGGCAAACUUUCCACAUUUUUUUCACAAGUGACCUACACCAUCAAACACCGGAUCGAAGGCAUUGAAGAUGAGUCAAUAAAGAAAAUUUCUACAUCCAGUGAUGAAGAUGUGAAACAGCGUAUUAAAGGAUUACAUCCAUGGAGCAGAUAUUGUGUUCAGGCAAAGGUGGAUCCCAAAGGCCUUAAAGAAGUGGGACAGUACAGCACUCCUGUAUGUGUGACUAAUGUACCAGUUCUGGUCAGCUGUGGAAUCGCUGCUGUUGUUCUUGUUCCUAUAGCCAUUCUGGCCGCCUGGCUGAUCAUCAAAGUCUACAGAUUCCUCUACCCUAAAACCAAACUACCAGAACAUCUGAAGAAUCUGUUUGUGCCGUCAUUUUGGAGUGCUGAAGCGACCCAACAUCCUCCACACCAGAAAGAACAGCAUGAUAAAAUCAGCACCGUAUCUGAAGACCAGCAGUAUGAGGAGCUCUGUGAGAAAAGCCAGAUCUCCGAGGACGAGCAGUCUGUUUCAUCAUGCGUCCUCGCACCGAUAGAAGAGAUGGAGGAGGACUAUAAACUUCUAAUGCACAUGAAACCCGCACCGCUCUUCUACCCCAACCAGCUCUAUCCAUUGUGCUUGAAGAAUUCACUCUUCACUCAGUCCUGUUGUGGAGGCUCUAGUAGUACUCAAGCUAGUUAUUAUAAUGUAGCGAACUCUGAGCGUGUUUCCUGAUGGCAAAAACAGCCUGCGUGUUUUACUUAGAGAUAGUUUACCUAAAACUGAAAAGUUACGGUGGUUUUUACUUUGAGUUUCUUUAUUAUAAAAAAGGAUAUUUUGAAGAAUAUGUAAAGCUCUAAGCGACUGACAUUCAGUAGGGAACAAAGAUACUAUGGACAUCAAUAUUUCCUUAGACACAUAUUGGACUCUAUUUUAAUGAUCUACGCGCAAAGUCUAAAGUGCAGGGCGCAAAAGCAUUAAAGGUUUGUCUAAAUCCACUUUUGCUAUUUUAAGGACCCAAAAAAUACACUGUGCACCCCGGCUCAUGGUCUAACAGGGUUAUGCUUAUUCUCUUAAUGAGUUAUAGGUGUGUUUUAAGCAUAAUGUGCAUUAAAUC